AUGGAAAUUGGUGUGACGGAAGCAGUUCAAAAGCAUGUUUCAAGACACGUUGUCCCACCCAAGCCAAUUUCGCAACGAAAACUCGACUUUGAACACUCCCGUCCAAGAUGGUUGAGAGAGAUGGCAGCCGAAGCGAUUGGAGUCUUCUUUUACGUGUAUCCUGGAAUCGCGUCCCAAGCAAGCUUUUUCCUCAACGGCACUGAACCAGUCUUCGGUUCUCUUUUCCAAAUUGGUUGGGCGUAUGCAAUUGGUAUUGCUUUUGCAAUCAUUACCUGUGGUAGCACUUCUGGUGGUCACUUCAAUCCAGCCAUCACCAUCUGUUUUGCAGUCUGGCAAGGCUUUCCUUGGUCGAAGGUUCCUCGCUAUAUCUUCGCUCAGAUCUUUGGCUCCUUUCUCGCUGGGCUUCUUCUUGUUGGACAAUACUAUCCACAACUUUCGGCACUUGCCGCGGAACUCAGAGCAAAGGGUGUGAGCCCGAAUUCACUGGGAGGACCGGGAAGUGUGCUCUGUAGUUUUCCAGGUCCGACCCAAACCAAUUAUGGCUACCUGUUCUUCAUCGAAUUCUUCGUUGAUAGCUUCAUCGGUAUUGUGAUCUGGUCUGUUCUCGACCCAGCCAAUCCAUUCAUCGUACCUGCGUCUGCACCCUUUGUUAUCGGACUCGCAUACGCCAACAUGGUCUGGGGAUUUGCCAACGUGACAAUCUCAACGAACUUGGCCCGUGAUCUUGGAACCCGAAUUGUGGCAGCAAUAUUUUAUGGUGGUGAUGCAUUCGGCGACUAUUCUGCCAUCUCCAUCCUAGUCAAUGUACCUGCUACGCUUUUCGCUACUCUUGUAUACGAGAUCAUCCUCAGAGAUAGCUUUGCUAUCAUUGCUAAAGGCCACAAUGUGCACGAAGAGUGA